AUGAAUUCUCUGGACACCACCUCCGACCAAUUCGAGAAGCCUUCACACGGCUGGACUCAUUCGUUGCCAUCAGAACUCUCGCCCUCUCUACUCUCAAUCAUCCUCGACACCAAUCCAGCCGCCUGGUCGCUGCUGUCACCGACCCUGACACUCUCCUCAACCGUCGCCAACCUCUUGGUCUUCAUAAACGCCCACCUCGCAGGAAACUACCUCAACAAAGUCGCUGUCAUCGCCUCGCACUGCGACACGGCACAAUGGCUCUAUCCAACUUCCACCGAACAACGCCCUCCACAUCGUUCUCCCCAGCACCGACAGCAAAAGCGCCAGGUCGGCCAGCAGGCCCAAUCUCAGUCUCAGGACCUCUCCGACUCGACAAAACGUCUCCGACUCAGCAAUGGUCCACCACCAGCACCACAGCUCAACCUCAAACCCCCGACCUCUGAAGGUGCGGGGAACAAGUACCGACCAUUCCGCCUAGUCGAAGAGGAACUCAUCAAGAACCUCUCCACUCUACUCUCCAGCACGACCCCGGACGUCGUCGCCAGCAGCACCUCGACCAUGAUCGCCGGCGCCCUGACACUGGCAUUAAGCCACAUCAACCGAGAGUCAAUCAGCUACGCGGAAUCACUCAUCGGCGCCAGUUCAGGCGUCGACGUCCACGGCGUUAACAACACCUCAUCCACCCCCGAAGCCGCCACCAGCACGGCAUUGCAAUCGAGGAUCCUACUGGUCGCGGCUUCGCCUUCGACGGACUUGGCUCAUCAGUAUAUCCCCAUCAUGAAUGCCAUCUUCGCCUGUCAGCGCCUGGCUAUCCCGAUUGAUGUUCUGCAGCUCCCAUUACCACUCCCGGCACCGGCCACAAAACACCCCUCUACAUCAUCCGCUUCGCCCACACCGACAGACAAUUCCAACUCAACUGUCUUCCUCCAACAAGCCGCGGACGCCACGAAAGGGAUCUUCAUCCCCGUGCAGCUUCCCAAACCCGCCCCAUCCUCUCCCUCCUCAACAUCACAAGCAUCACAAGCCUCACAAGCCCUCCUAACCUACCUCCUGACAUCCUUCCUACCCUCACCCGCAACACGGUCCUCGCACCUGAUCCUGCCGACACGCAUCGACGUCGACUUCCGCGCGGCGUGCUUCUGCCACCGCAACGUGGUAUCCACGGGGUUCGUGUGCAGCAUCUGUCUGAGCAUCUUCUGCUCCGUGCCGGAGAACGGCGACUGCCUGACGUGCGGCACGCAUCUGACCCUGGGCAAUUACGGCGCUAGACCAGCCGUCGUUGCAAGGAGGCGCAAGGCUCGUGCUAGGUGA